CGCAGUUUGGUUUCUUUGGUGCGAGAAGACGGUUGGUGUUGUUAUUUUUUUUUUUAGUUCGCUCCGCUGUUUUUAGGUGCUACGCGCUUUAUGGCCCGCUCUUAAUCUUAUCGCAAAUCAAAUCAAACCGCGGCCAAUGAGCACCGUAAUUUCACUUUUUGGCUAACGGUAACGGCACUUCCGCUCUCCGAAUUCGAUAUUCAAACAGUCGCAUUCCAUCGAAAAGCGAAACAAGAAGUGGCCGCAAAAAUGCCCGUGAAAACAGUGAAUCGCCAGCAGAGCCAAACGCCCGCCCAACAACUGCAAUUGCAGCAGCAGCGGGACGUCGAGAAUGGGCUCUAUCCCACGAUUCCGGCCGAGCGACGAUCGCCCCCCUCGCGUCCGCAAACGCUGCGACAGGACACCAUCGAUAUGGAGGAAAUACCGCUCAAUCAGACGAACAGCCAGGAGCCAGAGGAUCGGCGCAAAAUGCACGAGAUAUUUGACAAGCACGACUCUGACAGAGAUGGGCUGAUCAACACGCACGAGCUGAAGGAACUGAUCUCGGAUGGCUAUUGCCGGGACAUUCCCGCCUACAUCGCCGACCAGAUCCUGAAGCGCAGCGAUCAGGAUAACGACGGCCACCUGGACUUCGAGGAAUUCUAUGCGAUGUCCCUGCGCCACAAGUGGAUGGUGCGCAACAUGCUGACCCGCUACUGUCGCUACGUUGUGCCGCCACCGAAGCCCUUAGAGGGCGAUGAGCCCGACGGUGCCUACGAGAAGCAAAUGUCCAUCUGCCCGCCGCCGCUCACCAUGGUGCUCUUCUCGAUUAUCGAGAUAAUCAUGUUCCUCGUGGACGUCAUACAUUUCCAGGACGAUCCCAACUACCAGGAUCGCAUAGGCGAGAGCACAAGUGGACCAGCGGCCACCCUGUUCAUCUACAAUCCGUACAAGCGCUAUGAGGGAUGGCGCUUUGUUAGCUACAUGUUCGUUCACGUGGGCAUCAUGCAUCUGAUGAUGAACCUGAUUAUCCAGAUCUUUCUGGGCAUCGCCCUGGAGCUGGUGCAUCACUGGUGGCGCGUGGGUCUGGUCUACCUGGCUGGCGUGUUAGCCGGUUCCAUGGGCACCUCGCUAACCAGUCCUCGCAUCUUUCUAGCGGGCGCAUCGGGUGGAGUAUACGCACUGAUCACAGCCCACAUUGCCACGAUAAUUAUGAACUACUCGGAAAUGGAGUACGCCAUUGUCCAGCUGCUGGCCUUUCUGGUCUUCUGCUUCACCGACUUGGGUACCUCGGUGUACCGCCACUUGACCGACCAGCACGAUCAGAUUGGCUAUGUGGCGCAUUUGUCCGGUGCCGUCGCCGGUUUGCUGGUGGGGAUCGGUGUGCUGCGCAAUUUGGAGGUGCGGCGAUGGGAGCGCAUUCUCUGGUGGGUCGCCGUCAUCGUUUACUUUGCCCUCAUGACCACUGGCAUCAUCAUACACGUGUUUGUUCCCGACUACUUCCCAAAACAGGAGUACAACUAGCCCCAUCACUAGCUCUAGCCCUAGCCCUAACCCUUAACCAUGUCCAAAGUGCACUUCGAUAUUGAGCCGAGGUUGCAGUACGCACAGUACUAUAUAUAGGAUUUCUUCUGACCAUGUGCCUAUGCCAGCUGCAAAAAUAAUUUAUUUUUUUACAACUUGCCAUGUCAGCUUCAUUCCCAAUCCGAAAGUGGUGCAAGCAUGUCGUACGUAUUUUUAUAUAUUUAUAUACAUACAUACAUAUAUAGUAACGUAAUUAUGCCUUCCUCAUAAUUCUCUUAUACAAAAGACCGACCGCGGUGGUCCGCCGUAUCGAUUCCUUGUUACUCGAUAUUGCGCAUCCACUUAAGCCGUAACCAAAACCCAGACACUAGGCAGGCACAUACAUAGCCACGUAGCACAUAAGAAUUCUUUUUCAUAUGUAUGCACAAAAGCAUAAGCAAGAAGCGCUCUCGCGCAGAUCAAGUAAACAACCCACUAACCAAGUACAUUUAAGAUUUUCUCACACCAUUUGUUUCAGUCUUAAGCUGAUAUUCAAUCAAUAAAAACGCAAAGCGAAUUCAUUCGAAGUUUUUAUUCAUUUCGGUUCAAAUACGGAUCAUUUAUUCGACUCAAAAGCAAAAAUUAUUUUACUAUAUGUAUUCUCGAUCCACAUGACGCGACGCGGCGCAACGAAAUGUCGACGGAGAACAAAACUCAGAGCUGCAUUUGUAUUACACAUUUCGUUGACAUUUUUUUUUUUUCAAGAAAAACGAGAAAUAUCUUUAAACAAAGUGUACUGUAUAUUUUUGGAGAUUUAUUAUUAAGAUCUUAUAUAUUUAAAUGUAAUAAAAACAAUGUCUUUG